AUGGCGGCAACUAGGACUAUCGACAGCCCAGAGUCCAAGAAUUGGUUCAAUCAAUGGAGGGCCGUCUUCGUUACGAGGAGAGCUCUCCUGCCUUCAGUAAAGUCAAAGGCUGAACAUCUGCACAAUUAUGUACGUAGGAAGGCAUCAAGUGAGCAGACUUGUUCAUCAGACCACAGUCCUAUAUCUGACCGGCUACCAAUACCUUGUCGAUAUCAUGAAAAACUUCGAAUUGAAAUCAAGACCAUACACAAAAGAAAGAAACCGUCCUGGAGAAACGCUUCGACUGACACAUGGCGAGACUCAGCGUUUGCUCUCGCCAAGUUAUUCAUGCAACCAGCAGGGUAUGAUGACAAAUCGUCGUUUGAUGAAAUUGACUUCAACGGGCUGGCAGCCUUCAUAUAUAACUGUGGGCAAUUCACACCAACUGUGGAAACACUAUCUGACGAGGCUCGGAAGUACGUCAACAUGAUCCGGCAUAUGCCAGACCUUUGCUCAAGUGCUCUGACAGACCAGGCCACCACUGAGUGCAUAGACAGCAUGAUUGCGCUGCUCAACGAUCCAGAUUUCCACGGCGAUCCAGAGAUACUAGAAGCGAAGAAACAGCUGGAUGAGUUAAAGACACAAUUUGAAAAUCCCAACUCGGACUUGUUGAAACAUAUCAUCGAGGAUAGCGCAAUCAGAGGCAUCCAAGAAAUUACGAAACUUGCUUCUGCUAAAGAAGGCGAAUGUAUCGAACAAGCAAGUGCGAUAAAGGAAGACAUUAAGAAACUCGGCGAUGUCUUAAUGUCCAGCUUACAGGAACGAGGUGAAAGCGCCAUGAACGAGCUGAAGAAAACUUUUGAAAAUGCUCUUGCACAAUUGGAUUCUUGCAUGAACGAUGCCAAGAAUAUUCUAAUUGAGACAACCGAAGAAGGCAUAUGUAAACUUGAAGAAACCACUUUCGAUGGAAAACGGAAACUUGAUAUAACGACGUGUAGAGGAAAACAAACACUUGAAGAUUCAACUGUGACGGGACAGAAUGAAAUACUUGAAACGACAAUGGUCGGAAUACGGGAACUUGAUAUAACGACUUGCAGAGGAAAACAAACACUUGAAGAUUCAGCUGUGACAGGACGGGAUGAAAUACUUGAAACGACUUUGGUCGGAAAACGGAAACUCGCUGAACUCUGUGAAAGUGGAACAAGACAAGUUGAGGAUGCAACUGCGGAUGGUAGAAACGAAAUAUUAGAAACGACAUUGUGCGGAAAAGAAGAGCUUAAAGACAUCGUUGAGAGCGGUAAAAACGAACUGAGCGAAUUUAUUAGCUGUAAAAGACGAACGAUCACUAAUGAAGACAAAAAACACAGGCAGUCCAAAUUAACGAAAGACAAGUCAGAUUUACAGAAACAGUUACUAAACCAUUACCAAGCAACUUCUGCUGUCAGAAUGAACGUACGACUGGACAUUGAUGCAGCUGUAGAAGACAUUUAUGAAAAGCCAAAACUGAUAUUGAAGAACAAGAAAGACAAAGAUGGUAAAAUAAUAGAUAAAGAAUUAUCAGAAUUGAAUGAGAUUUUCCUGAGUGACAAUGACACGAUGGUUAAAUCGAUAUUCAUUCAAGGCGAGGCCGGCACAGGGAAAACCGCAUUAUGUAAAAAGAUUGUCCAUGACUGGUGCAAACUGAAAAAUGGCGGAAAUGAGGAGACAAAGAAAGACAACCCGUUAAGCCAGUUCGAGUUCUUGUUCUACAUGCGUCUCCGAGAGGUUCAUGAUGAAUGCACAAUCAAAGAAAUGAUAACACAGAAUUUGAUUAAACGUAUUGGUUCAGAUUAUCAAGAUUCUGAAACACUAUUAGCAGAGAAUUUGAAAUCAGAGUGCUGUCUUCUCCUGCUUGAUGGUUUAGACGAGUGGAAACAUUGCAGCAAAUGUAAACUUGAUGAACGCAUUCCUCAUGUCGAAACAAGUUGGAUGUAUUGCACAACAUUGAUCACAACACGACCAUACAAACUAGCGGAGCUGAAAAUAAGCCGAGCACAGCUUGGAAACCAUGUGCAGUUGGAGGGCGUUCAGUCACCUAAGAAUCUUGUUAAAAGAAUAAUUAAGGAGUUGAAAAAAUAUACAUCAAAGCAUUGCGCAGAUACUUGCGUUGAAGACCUUAAAGAGAAAGGACUGUGGCAUUUCAGGGAUAAUCCAAUCGUGCUUGUUCAUAUUGUUUGGCUCUGGUUCAAAAACAAGCUACAGGUAAACAUGUCUCAUUCUAAAGUUUACGGUAAAAUGAUAAAGGAGCGGUGGUAUGAAAUGUGCGACAAGAUCAACAACGAAUAUCAAGAGGGCAACAAACUUCCAAACGAAUUCCUGGAUUAUUUGAGUGAACUAGCUUUCAAUAAGCUGUUUUCAACAAAUGAAGAUGACUCGAUUGUUUUUCGUAUUAAAAACAUCCCGUUGGAGAGUGAGAAUUACCAGAGGUCUCUUGAUUCUGGCAUCUUGUCAUGCAGUAAAGAAAUAGGUGAAAGAUCAGCGUCUUAUCACUUUUUGCACAAAACGUUUCAAGAGUACUUUUCAGCAUUGUAUUUAGCGAAUUGUGGAACAGAUUUGCCAACACAUUGUCAACACAUUCAGAAAGUGUAUACACUUCACAGGGGAGAAAGUGUACUCAGCUUGUCCAAGCUAUUCCUGUUUCUAUGCGGUCUGAAUAUAAAAGCUGCUGAAGUGUUUUCGAAGACAUUAAAUACGAUAUUUACUGCACACUGUGAAAGAGACGGUUAUUCAGACAAGGAAGCACAGUCAUUCCAGGACAUGAUACUGCGAGGCUACACUGAAGCGGAGAUGACUGGGAACACAGCAGCAGACUUCUGCCUACAACAUGUCAAAUUAGUUAAACCGCGACGAUGGAAUUCUGAAAAAGAGCAAGAAAUGAUAAGAAAACAAAACCAAAAGUUGAAAGAAUUCUUGGAGAAAGAUGGGAGAAUAUCCAAUCUUUCGUCAUUAUAUAUAGAUGAAGAACAUGAAAGCUAUUCUGUGUUUCAAAACAAGGAAGAUUCAACUGUUUUAGAUUUCGAGACUUGCAAUAAUCUAAAAUUUGUUUUUCUAGUCGAAGUUCCCUAUGAAGAUAUCAACAAAUUGAAUUUGAUUGGAUUAGUCGAAUGCAAGAUAGAAUUCAGUGACUACAAACCAGCAAAAAAACUGAUACCCUCAUUUCUGUCCUCAGAUUUAACAUAUUUGAAAACACUCAAAUUGUACAACUUAGGGUGGGAAUGUCAAGCUGUUGAAAUUUUCUCAAAACUUCAGUGUAUUGAAAAACUAGGAGUAACAUGGAGGGAAAGUUCACCAAAUGAUUCACAAUUCGACCUUGAGCGCCUUCGACACCUAGAGCACCUGAACCAGCUUUCCUUACGGAAACUUGCUUCUUCCGACGUUGUUAAUCUACAUAUGCUUAAUCUUCGCAAGUUAAAAGUCGACUUUGAAACACAAAAAAGAGCACCACGGUUGAUGGCGGCGUUAUUAGCACAAGGCGACGAUUCACUCAGAUCAAAUUUGGAUGGGCCGCGUUCUAUUCUAACGGAUGUUACAUUGAAAAACAUGCUCAUAUCAGCAGAAGAGUUCAGACGUCUCGUUACUACGGUGAUACAGUCGGUACAUUCUGUGAAAUGUUGGUUACAGGAUUGUACAAUAGAGCCAAAUGAGGACGUGAGACAGUUGAAUGUGGAGAUGGAGAACCAACGCGCUCUUCAGAUGGUUGCUGUACAGCCCCCCUCAACUGACUAUACAACACGCAUUACAUUAGACAGGGUGACCAUGUCAGCAGAAGCGGUCAGACGUCUCGUUACUACGGUGAUACAGUCGGGACAUUCUGUGGAAUGUAGGUUACUGGGUUGUACAAUAGAGCCAAAUGAGGACGUGAGACAGCUGAAGGUGGAGAUGGAGAACCAACGCGCUCUUCAGAUGGUUGCUGUACAGCCCCCCUCAACUGACUAUACAACACGCAUUACAUUAGACAGGAUGACCAUGUCAGCAGAAGCGGUCAGACGUCUCGUUACUACGGUGAUACAGUCGGGACAUUCUGUGGAAUGUAGGUUAUGGGGUUGUACAAUAGAGCCAAAUGAGGACGUGAGACAGCUGAAGGUGGAGAUGGAGAACCAACGCGCUCUUCAGAUGGUUGCUGUACAGCCCCCCUCAACUGACUAUACAACACACAUUACAUUAAUGGGGGUGAUCAUGUCAGCAGAAGCGUUCAGACAUCUCGUUACUAUGGUGAUACAGUCGGUACAUUCUGUGAACUGUACGUUAGUGCAUUGUGCAAUAUGGCCAAAUGAGGACGUGAGACAGCUGAAGGUGGAGAUGGAGAACCAACGCGCUCUUCAGAUGGUUGCUGUACAGCCCACCUCAACUGACUAUACAACAGACAUUACAUUACACAGGGUGACCAUGUCAGCAGAAGCGUUCAGACGUCUCGUUACUACGGUGAUACAGUCGGGACAUUCUGUGGAAUGUUUGUUACAGGGUUGUACAAUAGAGCCAAAUGAGGACGUGAGACAGCUGAAGGUGGAGAUGGAGAACCAACGCGCUCUUCAGAUGGUUGCUGUACAGCCCACCUCAACUGACUAUACAACAGACAUUAGAUUAAACAGGGUGACCAUGUCAGCAGAAGCGUUCAGACAUCUCGUUACUAUGGUGAUACAGUCGGUACAUUCUGUGAACUAUGGUUGCUGUACAGCCCCCCUCAACUGA